AUGAAUCCCAAUGUUUCCGAUGCCCCCGACCCGCAAGUAAUCCUUAACGACCUAAACCCCGCCCAACGAACCGCCGUCUCCUCCCCCUCCCCAAUCCUCCAAGUCCUCGCCCCCCCGGGCUCCGGCAAAACCAAGACCCUAACCGCGCGCGUCGCGUACCUCCUCGCCCACCAUGGCUACCGCCCACAAGACGUCAUCUGCUGCACAUUCACAAUCAAGGCCAGUCGCGAGAUGCGCGAGCGGAUUGCGAGGUUGAUUGGGGGACGGGUGGAGGCGAGAUUGGUGCUGGGGACGUUCCAUUCGAUUUGUCGGCGUUAUUUGGUGAGUUAUGGGUAUUUGAUUGGGUUGCAGAGGGGAUUUGGGAUUGCGGAUUCGAGUGAUAGCUUGGCGAUUAUUAGGAGGAUCGUGCAGCGCGGGAAGCUUGGUAUUCAGCCUAAUACAGCGAGGGCGAGGAUUUCGCAUCAGAAGGCCCAUGGGGUUGAUCCGGAGCAAGCUGCGGCGAAGUAUGGAAAUCAAAAGAUUGUGGAACAGCAGGAGUUUGUCCGGGUUUACUACGAGUACGAGAAGGAACUGGCGACAUGCAAUCUACUGGACUAUGAUGAUUUACUUCUGCGUUGUGUCGAGCUGCUCCGACACCAUCCGCACUGCGUGUCGAAUGUCCAGGCCGUUCUCGUCGAUGAAUUCCAAGAUACGAAUCACAUUCAAUACGAAUUGAUGAACCUCUUUGCUUCGGCCAACAGACGCAUCACGGUCGUCGGAGAUCCGGACCAGAGUAUCUACGGAUUCCGGUCCGCGGAGAUCAAGAACCUCGCGCGCAUGCAGAAACUAUACAGAGACACGUCCGUCGUCCUUCUAGAAGACAAUUACCGCUCGUCUGGGUCAAUCCUGAACUCCGCGCAAGAUGUUAUCGAGCAGGAUACCUCCAGACCCGCGAAGAAACUGCAGCCGACACACAGCGUUGGAACACUGCCUGUGCUGCGCAAACUACCCACCGCCGUAGCAGAAGCACAAUGGAUUGUGCUUGAGAUCCAGAGGUGCAUAGCUAUGACGGGGAAUCUCCUCAAGUAUUCCGAUUUCGCUAUCUUGCUUCGUUCCGCAGCUCUGUCGCGGCAGAUCGAGUCUGAGAUGGGAAAGGUCGGAAUGCCUUAUAGAAUGGUUGGAGGACUGAGGUUUUUCGACAGAGUUGAGAUUAAGAUACUUCUCGAUUAUAUGAGAGUCGUGAGCUCGCCUGGGAAUAGCGAGGCACUCAUGCGCAUCAUUAAUGUCCCACCUAGGAGAAUCGGUGAUGAAACGACUCGGAUGCUCGUGAACGGAGCUCAGAAGGCAAAUCUAUCUUUAUGGGACUUUAUCAGAGGCGUUGCACAGGGCCACAAAUCGACCGAGAAGGCCUUGUCGAAACUGACGGAUCAAGGUCUUUCAUCAUUUGUCGGCAUUAUCGAGUCUUCUCGACAGAAGCUGCAGGAAUAUGCCGACGGUACUGCACCAAGGAAACUUCUCGAUUUUAUUAUCAAAAAAAUUUCUUUCCGGGACUAUCUCACGGCGACGCACGGCCAGAAUGAGGAGAACCGAUGGGCCAACGUCGAGGAACUACUGAACCAAGCAAGCGAUAUACCAAGUCCAAAUGAAGAAGAGGAGGAAGGAGACCUCCCUCCAAUCGAAGGUCUCGAGCAACAACAGGCCCAUCCCGGCGAGGAUGCAUUGUCUCACUUCUUGGCGAAUGUAGCCCUUUCAACAGAAGUCCUUCCACAUAAUAACGAGAACGAACAGGAAGGGGAACAACAACCAGACGAAAAGGUCACUAUUUCCACGAUUCAUGCGGCAAAAGGUCUUGAAUGGCCGGUCGUGUUUGUGCCGGCGGUGUAUAAUGGAAUUAUUCCCCACUCGCGAGCAGAAGACCAAGAUGAAGAAAGGCGAUUGCUUUAUGUGGCCAUGACCAGAGCGCAGGCGCUCCUCUAUUUAAGCGUGCCUCUUCGCAUCUCUCGAAGCGGCGAGGAAUCGGAAACAUCUCCAACAAGCUUCAUCCCACCAAAGAUCAUCGAGACGCGUUUUCGCCCUACUGGCCCGAGUUUACAAGAGAAGGCUGUUUAUAUGAUUGCUGAUAUCCUACGUCGGCCACAACCCGCUUCUGCAGAUAUGCUGAAGGCACAAACGGAAAUCUCGUCUACACUCGACGAUCGAUGGACGGCAGAUGGCAAAAGACAUGCGGACCUUGUGACUAAGUGGGACGGCUCUAUCGCAGGCGAGGAGCCUUGUCCCAAGAGACGGAGAUAUGAUCAGAAUUCGGGUCAGUCGACGACUACAUACAUGACUGGGUUUACGAUGGGCAAUCCGUCGAACUUUUCCGUCCCAACCACGAUGUCUUCUGGAUUUUCCACGGCUCGAGAGUAUAUAGCGACGUCAACUAAAGCAGAGCAAGAGUCGAAGAGCGAGGCUACAGAUAAAGCCAAGGCCAACAGCGCAGCAAGUCGCAAACCUGGUCUUUCACAAGGAACCAUAUCGAGCUUUUUCUGGCAGCCUUCAAAACCUAAAGCACCGCAGCCGUCACAAAUGUCGCCCAGAAAUCAAGCUGGACAGCAAGCUGCAUCAAACCCAGCAUUCAAGAGCGUCCUCCCACCCCAGAUCCCGCCUCGUCGCCUCCCACAAGCGCAAACCCUCCAACCACCCCGUCCAGCUCUCGAACCAUCCGAUCCAAACAAUUACACGUGGCUCUCCACGCCCUCAAUGCCAGCCGGAAAACCGAUCCGAAGAAAGGCGACCUCUGAGGAAGAAAACGAGGCCCAGGCAGACCAGGGGACCAACGAAGUCCAAAGCAAUCCGGGCACAGUAAACAGCGUACGACCAGCGACCACGUUCCACACAACCACAAUGUCGAUGGUGCAGCAGCCAAGAAAGACGUUGGGGAUCCGACGGACGAUGAUGAACGGAUGGCAGGAACGGAUGAAGCGGGCGACCAAUGGGAAUGGGAAUUCGGGAUUAUGA